AUGAAUCCGGACUGUAAAGUGCAUCAAGGGGUAGUAGCAUGCGAAAAACCUCCUAGGUGGAUCAAGGAACCCGUGCAGGGUGUGGUAUCCCUUGCUUGGAUAGUGGAUGCUGCGCAGAGGCUGGGGGAGAGUAGGGAUGAACGGAAAGCGGGGAGUGUGUUGCUAAUCGUGGUACUGAGAUCGUCAACCCUUGUCUGGGUUCUUUGGUUUGGUCUCAGGCUCCAGCUUUGUAAAGAAGGCUGGGGGCUUUUUGAUAGAUUUAUCUGUCUGAAUGGAGGUGUUUGGGGCAAUUUCAUUGGCACAGUCGUAGAAUAUACCCGAGAUCAAAACCUUGCCCUGAGCAAGAAUGUGGACUUGAGGAAGGGAAGAUCCGUGAGUGUCCGGGAAAGAAGCAAGGAGGGCAGGAGGAGGGGCUCGAUAAGCCGGAGCGAUAGGAGGAAACAGUGGACGCUUGGCGAUCUCUUGCUUUGCCGGCGAAACACAACUGGUUACUGGAGGGAUGAUUGUCUAGCGUUCAAGACAACAACGGCCAGAAACAUCGAUGGUUGCCAUUCAACGGAAGCCCCGGCUGGAAGAAACUCGAUGGAUCCGAUUGAGUCCGAUGAUUGUGAUGCUGAUGGACGAGUCACUUGGAAGUCACCUGAGAAUUCGAUGAAUCCAGCCGAUUGGUCACCUGCGUUGUCCGCCACCGUCGAUUGGCGGACGCGCUUCCGCCAGACGCGCUACUAA